AUGCCUACUCGUCAGAUUGCCGAGGAGGUGACCAACUUUGUGCAGUCGGGCGCCUCGUGCCGGUCGCAACGGGGCUGCUCGCACGCGCUGUCCGAUUCGACGGCCGACCUGUUGCGCCAGACCUCGCCGAGUCCGCCCAUCUCGCCCAUCUCCAGUCUGCUGUUGCGUCGCCAGCCGUCGUGGCACCACCAACUCGGCCAACCGGCCGCCGGACGCACUCGUUCGGCCCAUCUCUCACGCGACAUCGUCGCCGGCCUGGCCGACUCGGCCGACGCUUGGCAGUUCAACGAGUUGGGCGUCGGCGUUCGACCGGCUCUUUCACAUUCACAGUCGCAUUCACACUCGCCCUUUCUGGCGCACGACGCGGAGACCAACAACAACUCGUACCGACGUCGGCUCAACUCGAUGCUGGCCUCGGCGACGUCUGACGAAGUGUGCAAUGAGGCAAAUGAUGACGUCGACGUCGACACCAACACCAACGGCGAGGGCGAGGGUGAAGGCGAAGGCGAAGGCGAAGGCGAGGGCGAGGGCGAGGCGGGAUUGUUGUCGGGCGGCGAGGAGGGCGAGGAGGGCGAGGCGGCCUCGACUGUGGCGUGUGUCACGUCCGAGUGGCGGCAGAGUCGACGAGGCUAUUUGGUGGCCAGUGCGCGCCAGUUGGACGAGUUGGUGGAGGCGAGUGUGGACGUGGAGGUGAAGGGUCCGUGCGUGCGAUUGGCCAAAUCCGGCUCGCAUGAAUGGCUCGCCGAUCGUCGCAUGUGGCCGCGCCCUUUGGCCGACGACGAGGCAGCCAAACUCAUGCACUACAUCAUUCGUGCUCUGCAAGCCGGUCUUCCGCGGCCGGACACGGCUUUGCUGUUGCUGCCCGGCGCCGCCGGCCAUUGCAGACUGUCCGGCGCCGCCGGGAAGCCGCUGGCCAAAACCGCGGUCGCCCAGCAACCGGUGGCCGGCGCAGAGACGGCGGCGUUCGGCGCCGGCAGACGCGGUGCCGGUGAAGCGGGACUCGCACGAGCACCGGCAGGCGCUGGGCCGAAACCGGCCAAUCCGGUGGUGGACAGAGUGCGUCUGUCGGUCGAGGCGCAGACGGCCGUGACGGAGGAGGGACUGGGCGCCGGCAGGCCGAGCCCCGUUGGACGGUCGAGCAGUGAGUCAAGGUGGGCGACAUGA